AUCUAGAUCUAGAUAACAAAUAUACGUUGCCCCAUGUCUUAAUUUUUCAACUAGAUAUUUGAGUUGACCGCUCUAUUCCAUCUUUGACUCGUGCUAUGAAAUAGUCAGAAUACUGAAACCGGUCUAUCAUGGAUUUUAAUAAUUGUCACUGAUGAGAAUUUUGUAGUGAACUCAAUGAAGUGAAAAGACAUUGUUAUCUCAAAGGAUUAUUAUCAAACCCCCUUCCAACAUGAGUGGGCCAUCACUUAAAGUACCUGAUAACCUUCCAUUGGGCAAAAGCAAGCCCACAAAGGUGGAAAGAAAAACUUCAAACCCAAAGCCAUUAAGUGAAGAAGAGUUAUCAGACUUCCCCUGUGUUAGUAAUUGGCGAUCAGAGUUGAGAUGGGUGACAGAGCUUGAAUGUAUGAGUAUCCUGCAAGGGAAACCACUGUGCCCAAACACAGCGCAAGAUACAGCUGCAUCUCAGGUUCAGAUGUACAGAGAUGCAAUUGAUAGAGUAAAAUUUGAAGCAAACAAAAUCACAGAAGGAUUUAAUACAUUGUUCAAGUACUUUGACUCAAGUAAAUGGGUUGCGCUGAACAACCAGACUAUGGAGAUGACUUGCAGCAUUAGGAAACUGAUCCAGCUCUGCAAUGCUCAUGUAACAGAUGUGCCUGCAUACAUCCAGGAGCAACAAGAGGUUGUAAUGUGUGAAUCUGCUAAAUUAGUUCAACAAACCACAAGUGCUGCUGAGAAGAAUGUGGUCCAUCGAGUACCACUGGUCAACCAGCUGACAUUUCUUGGUCAGUCUUUUAGCCGAUUAGUGGACUGCACCCUUAGUUACUUGGUACAGAGAAUAGUGGAUAUGCUAGAAUCAACGACUGGUAUGUCUUCACUUCAUGUGGUCAUUAACAACAUCAUUACACUGGGGCUUGAAGGAGAACAUAUGUGUUAUAUGUUAGCCAGGGAAGGUGGUGUUCGAGCAUUGGUUGACGUAUGCAGGAGAGAAAAUGUGGCCUUUACCAGGUCGAAGGCCUUACGAGCCUUGGCCACAAUUUGUUGCGCACCAGAAUGCGUUGCUGAACUUGAGAAGGAGAGUGGUAUUGACCUGCUGAUGGAUAUACUGACUGAUGAGAAUGUCAUAGAAUCUGUUCAAGGGGAGGCAGCAGGGGUUGUAGCACAGAUUACCUCCCCCGUGCUUGAUCAGAACCAACACCUUUGUCGUUUUGCUGAGUCUUUGCAAGUUAUACUCACAGCUUUGUUAGGAUUGUGUGAGAAGACGGAGGGGCAUGAGACAUUUCUGUUGUCUGCAGCUGCAGUGGCUAACAUCACUUUCAUCGACUCCACCGCAUGUGGACUGCUGCAGGAGAUGAGAGCACCACAGCUGCUGGUUAAGACGUGCAUGUGCAGAAAAGCAAGAUCACUUUUUGCAAAGGAUCAGGUGGCAACAAUUUUAGCCAACAUGGCGUCUAUCAAUGGAUGCCAGGAAAGCAUCAGGUGCUGCGGUGGUCUAGAUCUACUGGUCAGCUUCCUGCACCAGAAGCCAUGUUUGCUGUCCAGUGCCGCGGAGAGGUCAGCCUGUGAGCGUGUCCAGCAGAAAGCAGCGAUAGCACUCAUGCGCUUGUGCCAGGAUACUCGACACACGUACAAGGUCAUACGACAAAAAGGUAUCCCACGUUUCAUUGAGCUUUGUAGAGAUUCUCAGGCAAGAAAUAACAGUGAUGCUGUGUUAGUUGCAUGUUUGGCUGCUUUGCGCAAGGUGUGUGCUUUGUACGGUCGGGAUGGCAUUUCAAACCUGGACUAUCAACAACUGGUCAUGCCACAACUCAUGGAUUCUUUUCUCAUGUGCUCCCACAGUGAUGAGAACUUUGUUUAAAUCAGUGCCAGGUCCUCAGGAAGAUUUGAUUACUUGACAGUGAGAACUCAACAUUCUUCAACUGUCUGCUGGGAAACUUAUCCAACACACACGCACAAUUUUAUCAACACUGGCAGGCUGGCACACACAUUGGUUGGACUGGUGUGGAUGUGUGAUCCACUAACUACACUGGUGUGGAUGUAUGAUCCACUAACUACACUGGUGUGGAUGUAUAAUCCACUCACUACAGUGUUGUGGAUGUAUGAUCCACUAACUAAAAAGCGCUUUGCUAAACUUUUUACUCAAAAUUUGGGAAGUCUUUCUCGUAAAAUGUGAAUUUGUGUAGGUGGUACCUUUUGGUAGCUAAAACCGAAUUAUGUUUCUCUAUUAAAUUAAUGCUGUAAGUCUACCAUAUUUUUAUGUAAUACAGAGAGAAGCUUUUCUAGUGUUUUCUUCACAUACACAUCGCUGUCAAUCAGAAUAGUUAUUUUAAAUAUUUAAAAUAGUUUUGUAACUUUUUCUUCUUAAAGAAAGUCUAACAAUCAUAUUUUACACAGACUGUAUAAGUAUAUAUUUUAUAACUGAGUCUAUAUUGUUAUCCUUACAAAUAGAAAAUAUUUUCACCAAAACUAUAUCUAAUGUAAACUUCAUGUAACAGAGCACUACCAUUACCCAAGUUUUAUAAUCAUAGUACCAUGUAUACCUUUGAAAAAUACUCAUAAUCCUAUUUAACACUUAAUUUAUUGAAUAAUUGCAUUUAUUUAAUUCUGCCCAUUUGUUUAAAAAUGUGUUGCAAUUAUUGAAAAGAAACUUAACUGUUAAAAAAGAAUUUUGCUUGCAAAAAUGAUUGUGUACAAAAGAUUUUUUUUGUUUGGUAAUUUCAUUAAAGCCAAGUCUCUUGAAUUUUUGUACAUUUUUUGUUACAUUGUAAUUUUGACUUUUUAAAUGUUUUUUUUUUUGUAUGUAAAGGCUUACAUACUCCUGGUGCUGAUAUCACAGUUAUUGUUAUCUUCUAUAACUAUAUUAAAUUAGGUAAAAACAUUUUACUGUAAACAUCUCUAGCUCCAAAGUGUUCUUUGCUUGGUCUAAUGUUGUAUCUCAACAGUGGAUUUUUUUUUUACCCACUGAAAAGGUGAAAUGUUACUUAGAAUUUAACUUUUCGUCAAUGUUAUUUGUUUCAUUAAAAUAAAUUAGGGUAGUUGUUUUUAAACUGUUAGAAUAACACUGUUGCAGUGAUGCGAUUAGUUUCAAGAACAUGUUGUUGAUUUGUGAUAUAUAAAUGUCAUUGUUCCUUAAAUACUGCAUUGUUUCAUUCCUCUCUGGUCUUUGUGUUCAUGUUUUAAAUGAAAAAUGUUGUCAGAUCUGUUCUUUUUUUUUUAUAACAUUUAUCAAAGGGUAAUAUGUUAUAAAAUUUUGAAUUAUAUUUGCAUUUUAUCAAUGUGUGCAUAUUUUUAAAAAAUAUUCUAGUCAAAAUUUAAGUCAAACAUUGAAUCUUGAUACAAUUUUUUUUAUUUAACUUAUAUACAAACUGUUGCUUAACUCUGUAUGCAGUUUAACUAAUUCAUUGUUUCACAGUCAAUUUUUUUUAAAAAGAGUUUUUGAUAAGUUCAAGGAAAAAUAUA